AUGGCGGAUUGGGAGGCUGGAAGUGACCUGGAGAUGGCGAUGGAGAGGAAGGCGGUGGAAGUGGAGGACGAGAAGGAGCCCGGUAACGAGGACGAACCGAAGCGGCAGGGGGGCGUUGACAAUGAACUGGAUCGUGGGAAUGACGACAAUGCGCAGAAGCGCGAGAAGUAG